AUGACAAACAUGAAAUGUGGCACUACAGUCACGGUUUCAACGAAACGUUGCAAAACGCUGGCCAGGCUAUCUGGCAUAGCGGAACAAUUUCUGAUGCAGGAUAGCUCAUCUAAUGGAGGAAAAGACCAAGACAUGAUGGGAUUACUACAGAGGUGUUUGGACAUUCUGGAGACGUACAGGGAUGAAUACAGAAAGUUGAGGGAUGGAGAGCAGCAUGUCACGCAAGACCAGAUCUAUGAGAUCUAUGAGUCUUGCUACGUUUAUUACAAGAUAGUUCACAAUACGGUGCUGAAUAAAGUGCCAAACCUAGAGGAGUUUCAGAUAAUCAAGAAACAAGCGAACCCGAACGACCAAAAACUUAUGGAAGUGUACAACAUGUUAGUGAAAAGUCUUCUGAAGGAUGAGAGAAUUGGUCAUAUAAAGUCUUUUCUGAAAGAGCAUUCGAUGUCGGCAGUUGAUGAUGCCGUUAGGUCAGGCGGCGCGAUUACAAGCUCGCAAUUGCAGAGUAUACUGGAUGCUUGGGAUGACGCGACGCUACUGAUCGAUCUGCGACAAAGAGCAGAAUUCACUGAGAUGCAUAUCAGGGCUAAGAAUGUCAUUUGCAUUGAACCGAUAUCAUUCAAGGACACAUAUACUGAUUUGGACAUUGAGAAAAAAUCGUUGAUCACCUCGCCCAAGAAUGAAAUAGAACUGUUUCGUGCCAGGGAUAAAUUUAGAUUCAUUGUGCUUUACACCAAGAAGGAUAUAGGCAAAUCCAGCCACGAUUUUUAUGUCCAGCAGGAAACAGUGCUAUUGAAUCUGCUAUUAAGCAAGACCUUUGCUAAGCCUCUCUCUGAGAAAACUAAAGUUUGCUUUUUGGAAGCUGGUAUUUCAAACUGGGUAUUGGAAGGAAGAAAUUGCACGAAUGGUUCGAUAGCGGACGCUCAAGGCAGUUCCCAUAUCAAUAUCUCGAAACCACUGCCAAGCCCACAUGGUGCUCGGCCACUGCCGAAUCACAGUUAUUCUAAAAGCCUUUCACUACCACAAAGCUUACCCUUAUCUGCCCAUUGCGGGGGAAGCAAUGCCGCUAAAUCAGCGACGUAUUUUUCAUCGCCGUUCCCUUCUAGCUCUCCCAGUUCCUCUCCUCAACUGAGCCCUUCGCCUCAUGCUUUCAAAAACGGUGGAUCUGCGCUGUAUCCAGCUGCACCAUUACUGGUUGAUGGCAGCGGAACGCGCACUCAUGAUGUUGUUCUGCCCCAGGAUGGAAAGGAUCUGGAGGCUGCUAUCCAAAAGCAACGCUCCCCACUGGCACCGAUGGUGCGAGUAGCUCAGGGGAAUGCGAAAGUUCCCGUUAACCUCAAUGGAAAUUCAAAACCACCUAGCCAGCCAAUACCGUCGUUGCCCCAAUUACCACACAACUCUGGUUUCAACCUUCCGCCGCUGAAAAAAUACGAUCCGGAUUUUACCGUUGGGCUCGAGAAUAUGGGGAACUCCUGCUACAUCAACUGCAUCGUGCAAUGUUUGUUGGGGACCCACGAACUUACUAAUAUAUUCCUGAAUGGAUCGUUUGAGAAGCACAUAAACAUGAACAGCAAGCUCGGAUCCAAAGGUGUCCUGGCUAGAUACUUCGCCAAGUUGAUUCAUUCGAUGUAUAGGAACGGAUCUUUCAGACUUCAUGAAAGAACUAAGCCGGUUCAACCCAUGCAGUUCAAGAUGGCUUGUGGUUCGAUAAACUCUCUUUUCAAGGAAUCUGGUCAACAAGAUUGCCAAGAGUUCUGUCAGUUUCUUUUAGAUGGUUUGCAUGAAGACCUUAAUCAGUGUGGGGGAAAUCCUCCUUUAAAGGAAUUAUCUGAUGAGGCAGAAAAAAUGAGAGAAAAGUUGUCUUUAAGAAUUGCCUCAUCCAUUGAAUGGGAAAGGUUUCUUACCACUGACUUUAGCGUGAUUGUUGACCUGUUCCAAGGGCAGUAUGCAUCCCAACUGAAGUGCCAGGUGUGUGGCCGCACGUCGACAACAUACCAACCAUUCUCUGUGCUCUCAGUUCCGGUUCCACGGGCGAAGUCAUGCAACUUGCUGGAUUGUUUUAGGGAGUUCACCAAGAUCGAAAAGCUUGAGAAAGAAGAAGAAUGGUCUUGUCCCCAGUGCAAGAAGAAGCAAUCUUCGACGAAGAAGCUCACAAUAACACGUUUGCCUCGAAAUCUGAUUAUCCAUUUGAAAAGAUUUGAUAACAUGUUGAAUAAGAACAAUGUUUUUGUGCAGUAUCCUCUGUGCUUGGAUUUGACGUCAUAUUGGGCUAACGAUUUCGACGGCAGGUUACCGCCUGGUGUGACUGACGAAUUGCCAGCCAGAGGACAAGUACCUCCGUUCAAUUACAAGCUGUACGGUGUAGCAUCCCAUUUUGGAAGUCUAUAUGGUGGUCAUUACACCUCAUAUGUUUACAAGGGCCCAAAUAGAGGAUGGAUAUAUUUUGAUGACACGAGUUAUCGUCGCACAAAGACUGCCACGGAGUGCAUCACGCCUAAUGCUUAUGUACUAUUUUAUCAUAGAGUCUAUCAAAAUUGA